GCCCUGCCCUAUCGUAGACUGGAUCCUCCACGCUUUCACCUCGCACUCCUGACUCCCUCACCUCUGCACCCCCGCAACACUGCUCACCGCACCCUCUCUGCUCCUCCUCUCAUUUUCAAUCAGUCCCUCCACCCUCGGCUCGGAUUGUGCAUCCGUCAUCGCAGACAUGAACCAAUCCGUUAUCCGAUUGACUAGGGUCAGUUGCAAUCAGAGCUCCAAACUUUCGAGACGAACCCCUCAUUAACCCCACCCCGCAGGAGCUCAACGAGAUCAGGAAAUCAAACGAUCUGUGUAAGCUCCAGGAUCCCGACUGCAGCUUUCUGCUAGCUUUGCGCUGACACAAGAUUUCCAUCAGCCAUUGCCGUGGCCUGUAGGGAGUCCGAUGUUCGUAAUGUCAAGGCUACCAUAUUAGGACCACCUGAUACUCCCUAUGAGUUUGGCUUUUUUGAGGUCAGUUAGCAGUGCGAGUGGAUCCGUUCACAGGUGUUGGACAGUCGCUAGCUCUGUUGCGUAUAUGUAACUGACGACAUUUUCCCAUCCGAUAGUUUGCUCUGAAAUUCAGCAGAGGUUGAUUUCCCCCCGAACCCGAGCCCACAAGUUCAGGCUCCCCCCCCCCGUUGAUCGUCAAACUUACCUGCGCCGCAGACUACCCCACCAAGGCCCCGACCGUCACCGCACUCACCACUAACUCUGGAAGGUGCCGAUUUAAUCCAAAUAUAUAUGCCGCUGGCAAAGUUUGUCUGUACGUCACCAUCCGCCCCCACGUGCUCAUAUCUGAGGAACUCUUCUGACUUGACUGGCUUUCCUGGCCCCCUAGGUCGAUUCUUGGGUAAGACGUGCUGCCUGAUUGAUCUCUCUGCGAGUUGUAUUGGACGCUUAUUGCUACGAUUUAGUACCUGGAGAGGUGACCGUGGUGAAGAAUGGUCUUCUGCGCAGGGGUUGGAAUCAAUUCUGAUUUCAAUCCAGAGCCUCAUGUCUUCUAAUCCGUACGAAAAUGAGCCUGGAUUUGAGAAUGCAAACCAGCCACACGAUAAGGAGAAUCAGAAAUCUUAUGUUCUCAAGGUAUGGCAAUCGUUGGUAUCUGCGUUUUGACUUUUUUUUUUUGUUUCUUUUACAUCUAACCAUUCUACCACCCAGAUUCGUCAUGAAACUCUCCGCGUCUCCAUUAUAUCUAGGCUGGAGGAUUACUUGGGCAUCAACCCUGACGGAACCGUCCAACCACCACCAAUCACUCCGGAACAGGAUAUCUAUGAUGAUGAUUCGAGCAUGAUGGAUUCGGAGGCCUCUGCAGUUUUUGAGCCCUUCAAAGAUCUUUGUAAACGCCGGUUCCUUUGGUAUUAUGAUACCUAUCUUGCCUCCAUCAAGGUUGAGAGUGAAAAGGUUACCGAUGGUGCGCAAUUUACUAAGAUGCCAUUCGAGCACUCUGGAAAUGCUAUGGAGGGAAAGUUUUUGUAUUCAGAGCUAGAAAGACGUCUUAAAUUCGUAAAGGAGAGAUUGGACCAUGAAACCGCUAGCUGGGCAGCCGAAGGCUUGAUACUGCAAGACAAAGAGAGCGGAGUCGCGGCCAACUUGCAACGCCAAUUCGAGCAGACCGUGGAGCACUAUAAGAAGCAAGAUUCUGUGACAAUAGACAUAGAACUGGUGGAUGACAAUCCCUUUCUCUGGCGUGUGGUGAGGUCGAUUCUAUUGCACGGAAGAAGAUGACGGAUGCUAAUGAUGACACAGACUUACUUUGGAAGACCGAUGACGAACCUCGACGGGGGGCUUUUUAAUAUACACCUCGCUUUUAGCCCUCGCUUUCCGGAUGAGCAGCCGAGGGCCAAAUUCAUGACUCCCCUGUACCACCACCAAAUAACCAGUAUGAUUACCGGUGCCCCCUGAUUGCUUUUUUCUCUACCUUUUUGGAAAUCGAUUAACCGAUUAUUCACCAAUUCUAGCUGAUGGCAUUCCAUGUUAUAUCCCCCAAAGAUACGAUGAGGGCCGCCAUCACAUCGACGCCAUUAUUCAACUCAUGGAGGAAGAGAGCCCCCCUUAUGAUCCCCGCACUCAGGUGAACCAGGAAGCAUCCAAGCUUUACUGGGGGUCCAAGGAGCACAAGAGGGAGUAUAACAAGAAGUUAAGAAGGUAUGUUUCAUUCCAGAAACUGAGGAUUCGAGCAAUACUUCUAACCAUUCAUCCCACUUUUAGAUCCGUCCAGAGAUCUAUGGAAGGCUAAACAGAUGUGAAUGAUAUGGAGCAAUUGCUGUGUGUUACUUUAUUGUUUCACCGCGUGCUCGCAUAUCCACCACUCUUUGUCCCGGUUUUAUUUUACUUUUUUAUUUUUUUGCUCCCCCAUAUUUGUUUUUUGUUUUUUUCGUUCUCCUUUUUCCCCUUUCCCUCUCUCUCAUAAUAUUUUUCUGAAAGUCAUUCAUGGUGGCGAUCAGUGUAAUGGAUAUAAAAUGGAGUUGAUUCAUUCUUUUUUUUUCCUUUUUUUCCUUUUUUUCCCUUCGCCAUCAGGUAGUGCUCUACUAUCCUACCGGUAUGUUCUUAUUUCUUCUCCCCUCUUGCUGACAUCGUCAUGCUUGCUUGCUGGUCUAGUGUCUUCUUUUCUCCAACUGAGGGUUCUGGGAUGGAAAGGACUCGGGGAGAUGGAAUUGGGCGUUGGCUUUUUCAUUGUUAUUAUUCUAUUGUUCUUAUUUUUAUCUAGUUUACGCUUUUCAUUA